GCAAGCUCAUUAUACCAUCUAAGCGCCUAAGAAUUUUUUAUCCUAAUCAACAACCAUGAGCCGAGGUGGAUCCAGAGGUUUUAGUCGAGGUCGAGGUGGUGGUAGAGGAGGAUUUCAGCAACGAGAUUUUGGUCCUCCAGAUACAGUUCUAGAAAUGGGCACUUUCGUUCAUGCUGUUGAAAGUGAAAUGCUUUGUUCUUCAACUAUGGCCGAUAAAGUUCCUUAUUUCAAUGCUCCCAUCUAUCUUCAAAAUAAAUCUGUCAUCGGCAAAGUCGACGAAAUACUAGGGCCCAUAAAUGAGGUUUACUUUUCAAUAAAAAUGAGUGAGGGUGUUAUAGCCAGCAGUUUUCAAAAGGGCGACAAGGUUUACAUUGGAGGCGACAAGCUUUUGCCAAUAGAACGUUUCUUGCCCAAGCCAAAAGUUGCCGGAGGUGUUACAAAGCGGGGCCGCGGAGGUGCUCGAGGGGCCCCAGGAGGGAGAGGACGAGGUGCACCCCGCGGUGGUGCACGUGGUGGGCGGGGUGGUGGCGGUCGUGGAUUUGGUGGAGACCGUGGUGGCCGAGGUUUUUCAAGAGGCGGAGGGGGAAACUUUUCUCGGGGAAGGGGGGGUUUCCGUGGCGGUGGAGGCGGUCGAGGAGGCUUCCGUGGAUCAUAA